AUGGCCCUGGCAUUGCUCCCCACGGUCUGGGUCCUGCCAGCCGCGUACCGGAUGAUCUUUCAGAACUCCAUGAGGCACACUACGGCUUCGGUCUUUACGGUCAUUCUCUACCUUGUGCUGUCCUUCAUGCCGGUGCCAUGCUUUGAGAAUCUGUUCUCCGAGCUUGCGUUCUACGGCAUUGCCCUGGUGUCCACUUUCUUCAUGUACACCUUCUUCCCAGAGGUGUUGCUGCAUGACUUCAUGUUCAUGCAUUACCUGGCGCUCUUCACCAUUCCGCUGAUUCCUUUGGCCUUCGCCUACAUGCCAAUGUUCGCAGCCAGGAGCUAUCUGUUCCUCUGA